CUGUCUGCUACACGCGCACGCGGCACACACGGAUGAUCAUGGACUAGGGAGGGACGGACGGACGGAGAGGGGUGGCCGAGCGCCCGAGCCGGAGCAGCAAGCAAAGCAACCAGCAAAGCCAAGCCAAGCCAGCGUCGUGCCAGGGCCCCGCCGGCCGGGACAGGGCGGCCAGGCUUUCCCGGGCUUAUCAAGUGCGCCGAUCCACACGGGGCCGCUCUCCCAUACCUCCCCUCCCCUACCGCUACCGGCCCCUUUCUGGACAGGUCCAGGUAAUCAGCAUCACUUUUGGCGCCCGUUGCCUUGCCCCUGGCUUGGCUCUGCUCACUUGACUUGACCACCGCCGUCCGCCACUCAUCGCCAUCCAACAAGCAUUUCACUCACUCCCACGUCCCACCGUCACACGCUCACAACUCUCCACCGGUGCCAGGCGAGACGGCGUCGGCGGAGGGCGGGCGUGGCCGUGGCCGUUGCCAGCCGCGCCCCGCUCUCUGAUCUCUGAAGCAAAGCCAGGCGGACCAGGGCCAGAAGAUAACGCAGAAAGGCGAGGACUGGAGGGAGGGAGGGCAGUCACAGUAAUAAAACCGCGGCGGGGGCGACCACGUGCGCCACGCCUCGCGUGGCGGGGCGGCAUGGGGCUGGGUUUGGAUCGGCCUUGGCCUCCUCGGCACUCGGCGACACUUCGGCUUGGCGCGGUGGCGUGCGACGCGACGGGAGCCUGGCUGGCCUGGCCCUGCCUCUCCCCGAGUGCGCCUAGUACCAGCCUACUGCAGCAGCCGCCCACCCCCACGCCCCCGCGCGCCGGACCUGUCGUCUCAUCCACCCCCGAUGCCCCUCUCUGACUCCCACUCGGCCACUCGCACCACCACCCCGUCUCGUCUCGUCUCGUCUCGCCAAUAGAAAAGCAUUCCGCAGAAAUAAUCGCCAAAGCCCAAAACAGAUAGGGAGAGGGGAGAGACGCCACGCGAGGGGAGGAAGAGGAAAAAAAGCAGAACAGAGAGAGAGAGAGAGAGAGAGAGAGAGGUGGGAAGGGAAAAGGAAAAGGAAAAGAAAAAAAAGAAAUCCACCGCCCGCUGCGCCGCCGCGCGCUGCACACACGGUCCUCCCUCCCUCCGAGCGCUGCCGGAUUCAGCGAAGCAGGCCAGUGGCUGGGACGGAGGAACGCGAGAUAGAUCGAGCGCCGGCGAUGCCGCCACCGCACCCGACGGACGCGGAGGCGGGGCCCGAGCAGGUGGCGCCGACGGAGGCGGUGCCCUUGGCGGCUGCGGCGCCGGCGCCGGUCAAGAAGAAGCGGAACCUUCCCGGGACGCCAGAUCCGGACGCCGAGGUGAUCGCGCUCUCGCCGGGGACGCUGCUGGCCACGAACCGCUUCGUGUGCGAGGUGUGCGGCAAGGGCUUCCAGCGGGACCAGAACCUGCAGCUGCACCGCCGCGGCCACAACCUGCCCUGGCGCCUGCGGCAGCGCGGGCCCGGCGCGGCCCCGCCGCGCCGCCGGGUGUACGUGUGCCCCGAGCCCGGCUGCGUGCACCACUCCCCGACCCGAGCCCUCGGGGACCUCACCGGGAUCAAGAAGCACUUCUGCCGCAAGCACGGGGAGAAGCGCUGGGCGUGCCCGCGCUGCGGCAAGCGAUACGCCGUGCAGGCCGACCUCAAGGCGCACGCCAAGACCUGCGGCACCCGCGAGUACAGAUGCGACUGCGGCACGCUCUUCACCAGACGGGACAGCUUCGUGACGCAUCGCGCCUUCUGCGGCGCUCUCGGGGAGGAGACCGGCAGGGCACUGGCGCCACCGGCGCCGCCAUCCCCUCGGCCGCCUGAUUUGGAGGCUGAGGAGAACGUUGACAACGACAAGGAGGAGGAGGAGAAUGAGGAUUCUGCAUUGGCCGAGGUGGAGGUGCCUCAGCGUGUGGAGGUGGCGGUGCCAGAGGAGCCAGAGCCAGAGCCACAGCGCAUUCCAUCUCCACCGCCAUUGCCACAGGAGCCACCGUGCCGUCCGUCUCCACCUCCAUUGCCGCAGGAGCAACCGCGCCGGGUGUCCCCGCCUCCGUUGCCAAAGGAGCCACCGUGCCACCAUCCGACUCCACCUCCACUGCCAAAGGAGCCACAGCGGCUUCCGUUUCCUCCGGAGCAGCAGGCAGUUGUGGCAUUGGUGCCAAAUGUGGAUGAGCCAGAGGUGGCUGCUGUGGGAACUGUGGCUGCCAAAUUAGAGGAUGAAACCGAUCAAGAUGAGACUACCUGUUUCCAGGAAGCUGAUCAAUACAAGGAUGCCGAGCUCGAGGUCUCCAAUCUGCUGGACAAGGACACCCCGAUGCUUCCUUGCUUCCUCCCCUCGCCCUCAGAAGCCAUUGGCACCGAUGGAAGCAGCACAACCUGCGGCGCGGGCGGCAGCGUUUCCAAUUCCAUCGUGCCAUCUACAACCACCAACACCUUCGCCGGUCUGUUCGCGUCCGCCACAACGAGCACCACUUCCCAGAGCAGAUCUCUGCGCGACCUCAUCGGUGUGGAUCCCACCUUCCUUUGCCUUGCGAUCGGAGCGCCCUCUCUGUUCCCGCAGACAAGCGCAAGCAACUCAGGCACCUUCGCUCCGCCCCCGGCGCCACACAUGUCCGCGACAGCGCUCCUGCAGAAGGCAACAGAGGCUGGAGCGACGCAAUCGAGCUCAUCGUUCUUGAAGGAGUUUGGGCUCGCUUCUUCGUCAUCAUCACCUCGACCAAAGCAGCAGCAACCCCAUGGAAGGGUUGCUGAAACCAGCACGGACCCAUGGCAGUACAGGAACAGUAAUCAGCAAAUGGAGAUGGAGCGCCACCAGAGCCAUCAACGGAGGGAGAUGGAGUCCAGUUCGCAACCGUGGCAGCACCCCCGCAUUACCCAGCAGAUGGAGAUGGAGCGCCACCACCAGCGGAGUCAUCAACAGAGGGAGAUGGAGUCCAGUUCGCAACCGUGGCAGCACCCCCGCAGUACCCAGCAGAUGGAGAUGGAGCGCCACCACCAGCGGAGUCAUCAACAGAGGGAGAUGGAGUCCAGUUCGCAACCGUGGCAGCACCCCCGCAGUACCCAGCAGAUGGAGAUGGAGCGCCACCACCAGCGGAACCAUCGGCAAAGGGAGACGGAGUCCAGCUCGCAACAAUGGCACCACCACCACCACCACCCGAAUGACCAGAUGAUGGGGCUGGAGAGCUACCGGAGUAACCAGCAAAUGGAGAUGGAUCCCAGUUCGCAGCAACGGUGGGCGCAGCACCAGAGGAGCAACCAGCAGCAGCAGAUGGAGAUGAUGGAGCGGCACCACCUGAGUAACCAGCAAAUCCGGAGUACCCAGCAAAUGGAGAGGAGGGCGAUGGUAUCCGGGGGUGGUCUGGGCCUUGGCCUCGCAUACGAAAGUGGAAACCCAGGCUUGCCCUUGCCCGACCUGAUGACGGGACCAUCGCCACUGUUGGGUCCUAAGCCUGCGACGCUGGACUUCCUUGGGCUCGGCAUCGGAGGGACCAUGGGCGGCUCCACGGCCAGCCGCGGCCUCCCGGCAUUGAUGGUUGGAAGAGAGCUGGACAUGGGGCCUUCGGCACAGGUGCCUCCUGCUGCUGCUGCGGCGCCGUGGGAGGACGCAAAGAGGAAGACCAACGGCCGCACGAUCCUGUGACUGUGAGGUUUUCUCCCCCCCUUUUUUCUCUCUCUGUAAUGCCUCGGCUUGCCUGCCCAUUCUUUCAGUCGCAGCUGUGCUUUUGGUGGAGCUAGUAGAAGAAGCUCGGUCGGUAACAUGCGGACCUGUACAUAGCUAGCUCGAUGCAUCUCAUCCCGGUUCUGGAAAAAAAAAACUCCGCCCCCGAAUUGAAGCUGUUAUUAUUAUAGCCACAAUUCGAUCCCGGCAGGAUGGAACCUGACCUCCGAUGCCCCGUCGCUUUCAGAUCCGGUGAGGCAACAGGGUUAGUAGCCGUCGUCGUGUGCGGUGGUAACUCGGUACUGCUUUCGGAAAGAUCCGAGAUUAGGACAGCGAUGGAAAGGCGUUUUCACUGUUACUGUCGAUGCCGCUGCUAGGUCGGCACGGGUUACUUUACUUUACCUAACCUGCCGCCGGUCUGCAAGCUUCAUCGGGAGUACUUUGGAGAAGCUAUAUCGUGUACUUUUUCGUGUCUAAAACUAAACCUGUUAAUAGCCUUUUUUUUUUA